AGAACUGUAUUCGAACCAUGCCGGCCGUCCAGGAAGAAGACCCAAGCAUCAUGGUGGACGAAAGCGAAUGCAUUGACUCAAGCCACGUUGACCGGGCCAAGCCCACAGCUCGUCAGCUGCAGGAAACUGAGGAGAAGAACAAGCUGCUACAACGAAAGGAGGAGAAAGCCGUUGCUUGCGUUCGUGUUGCUGUCUACUGUGUUGUCAUUUGACGGCCAUUGCCGUGACAUCGGCGGUCUACUUCUACACCAAAAAUGAACAAGAGAACGACUUUCAAGAUGUUUUUGAAACCUACGCGAACAAGUUGGCAGAGUCAUUCAUUGAUUCGGUAGAUCGCAAGAUUGUGACCAUUGGAGGGCUCUCCACCACUAUCACCAACUACGCAUUGAGCAAUGGUCUGAGCUUUCCCAACGUGACAAUUGAUAACUGGAUCAUGUUGGCUGGUCAAACGAGGGUACAAGCAGAUGCCAUCAACGUGGAGUAUGCCCCCCCUGGCGACCAAGGAGAAUCGACUUGGCUGGGAAGAAUACGCCUUUAACCACAAGCAGUGGCAGCAAGAUCAGUGGAAGGAGGAACUCAAAUUCAUGGAGUUGCAGAAUCAAUACUUUGGGUUUGAGGAAGCUGUGAUCAAGAAUGCUCCCGGUUCAGACGGAUCAGAAAACGAAGAGCCAUCGGAGGAAGAGCCAUUGGAGGAAGGGCCGCCGGGAGAGAAUGAACUACAAUCAACACAAGGGCAAGGUACACCUGCUGAGGAUGGACAUCAGCCGCCAGAUAGGGCCCUCGAAGAAGCACAAACAGCUGGGGAGGAAGAACUACCCGAGCCGCGGGGCUUCAACAGGCAGAUUCUUGGCCCAGGACCUCCACCGGAGAGUGGCCCCCCACCACCAAUUCCACAGCCACCAGGAAGCGGACCGUAUGCACCAUUCUGGCAUAUGCCCCCCAUCCUUCCUAUGCAAUUCCUACUGAAUAGAGAUCUCUUUUCCCGUCGGGUCGUAGCUGAUUCGAUCGUCUCUGUGCUCGAAACUCAACACGCGGCACUAGGUCGUGCAGUUGGUGUCCGCGAUCCCAGUAACAUCACACUCGAGGAAUUACUUCCGAUCAGAAUUACAAAUGAUUACAUCCAACGUGGACAAUACAGACAUGAGUUGCAAUUCUUCGCGGGAGAUGCUACAACUUCUCUGAUUUACCCUGGAGCAAACAGGACAGUAGCUGGUUUCUUGCUGUCGCCCCUGAUGUGGCGCCUAAACUUUGAGAAGAUUGUUCCUGAAAAUGUUGGAGGCUUUAUUGCUGUAAUCAAGAGCAAACAGAGUGAGCCCUUCAGUUAUCUCAUAGAAGGUCCAAAAGCAACCCACCUUGGGAUCCAAGAUUCCCAUGCCUCCAACUAUGAUGACAUGUUUGUCUUCCAAGACAUGGAAGAAACCUUGCAGGUCCUACACAGCCCCAGGAACCAAGCAUUUGACGCCGUGGAAGUUGAUUUUGGGGAAUACGUCCUGUACAUUUAUCCCACGGAAGAACUUGAGAGCCAGUACAUUACUAACAAACCAGCAGUGUACGCUUCCAAUGUGGCCUCUGUCUUUUUGUUCACCAUCUUGGUGCUGGUCGUGUUUGACUGGCUUGUCACCCGACGACAGCAGGUUGUGUUGAAGAAAGCUGUGGAGUCCCGCGCUCUUAUUUCCACCCUGUACCCAGAGCAAGUUAGGGAUCGUCUGUUUGAAGACGACCCCAAAGGCAAUGCUGAAAGGAGAAAGUGGAAGGAUCCAGGUGAAGCAGGAUUUCAAGAGGAAAGCACAAAGGCAAUUGCAACUCUCUAUGAAUCCGCAACUAUCCUCCUCAUGGAUCUGGCUGGAUUUACCGAGUGGAGUUCAGCUCGUACUCCUUCAGACGUGUUUGAAUUGCUGGAAACAAUUUUUCAGAGCUUUUACCGUAUCGCGUUGAAGCAUGGUGUCUAUAAGAUUGAGACGAUUGGGGAUUGCUGGGUGGGGGUCACGGGAGUCCCUAACCCUCAAGAGGACCAUGCUCCCCGGAUGGCCAAGUUUGCGGCAGCAUGCCAAGUGAGGAUGGGACGACUCAUUGGGAACAAACUCGCUGACCGACUGGGUGCAGAUACGGCCAACCUGAAACUGAGAGUUGGGAUGCAUUCGGGUCCAAUCACAGGCGGAAUAUUGCGUGGAGAUAAAGGCCGUUUCCAGCUUUUUGGAGAUUCGAUUAACACGGCGUCUCGAAUGAAAAGCAAUGGAGUUCCUGGAAAGAUUCAGGUAUCUCAAUCCACUGCAGACGAGCUGAUUCGUCAUGGCCAUCGAGAUUGGUUGACAGAGCGGGAAGACAAGGUUGAGGCAAAAGGCAAGGGAUUGAUGACGACAUACUGGGUGGCUGUGAAAAGCAGCAAGAACAGCGAAGCAAUGCUGUCGUCAUUUGCGUCCUUGUUGGACCAAACUGGUGAGAGCUUGGCAGGGUCUGACACCCCAUCCAGCAUGGGCGCUGAGCCCGAAGUGGACGUUGAUGGGGCCCCGGAUGAUGAAGAGCUUCUGUAUGGAACUGGAAGAAAGGUCGGCACAAAGCAAGGCAACAAGGACCCAACGAAACACAUUUGGAGUCUGGCUAUGAGGGUCAGAAAGUUGUGGGGCAAGGACACGGAGAAGAUUUCGCCUGAAACAACCCCCAAGUGCAGUCCCAAGCAUUCCUCGAAGCAACCUCCAAGACCUGUGGGGAAUAUGCCCAGUGCUUGGAAUGGUUCAGCCUCCAAGGGUUUGAAAAUGCCUGAGGCUGUCAACGAGGUGGAAUGCUAGCAUGAUAUUGGCUCAAUUAUUAUCAGUUUUGUGGUGAGGCACUUCCCGAGACCUCUGCCAAAGGCUGCUUUUGAAUGGCGCCAGAGGGGUGUGUCCUGAUUCUACGAUGGGGGACACUGCAAUUCUCUGGGAGCUUGUGUGGGGCGUAUGCAUAUCGGCAAGGCGAGAGCAAGCCAGCACUACGGUAGUGAGAGUUGUUCACUUCCUGAAACUACGGUAAGGUAUCGUGGAUUCAAUAUAUAGAUUCCGUUUUUACUUU